AUGGCCACUGCCAUAUCCAAACCAACCUCCCAUACCCCGAAAAUGAAGCGACCGCCCCCGCCUUUCUCUCAACCUGGGGUUAAUGGGGUCAAGCCUCAACCACCUUCAUCUUCUCCACCCACCACCAACAAACGUCUUCCUGGUAACACAUCUACUGGCUCAAGUCCCAAUCUCGCGAACAGAGCAGUCAACAUGGCGAAUCCCUCAAAAGGCCCCCUGAACCGGGCACGAGCCCUCCCGUCGCAAAAACCUGGGGAGCAGUCGCGCAUGGGUCGACCGGUGACAAGGACAGCUGCAGGCGGGAAUGAAAAUCGGGUUUCCAAAAGGUGUCCCGAGCCAUAUGUCAAAACAACGCCGUACAUUCUCAAGAAAUACCGCAAAUGUCCUCCAUCUCUUAUCGUGCAUCUCCACCCUACACACUUCCGAUUCGAACAGCAAGAUGGAAGUUUUCCCUACAAUUCAGAGAUGAAGAUCAUUAUUGAGCACAUUCGCGCCGGGACCAUUCCCCAUGAUUUGAUUGAAGAGCUUCUCCGUGCAAAUGUGCGAUUCUACGAAGGUUGUCUCAUUGUUCGAGUGGUCGACCACAAAUUCGUGUCGGCGCAAACCAGAAAGACCUCUACGACCGCACCCACCGAGAACAACACCCCAUUCUCCUUGCACAACUACAACGAGCAUAUAACACCAUCGGCUUAUGUUCCGUAUCCGAAACUGAACCAGCUCACCGAUGUGCAAAGCUCAAAAGCGACCGAAACGCCCAUUGCUGACCAAAACCAGCCAGACAAAGAGCUUAAUGGCGAGAUUGCCAACGCCCAGGGACAGGGAAACGACUCUGACAACAAGACUGCCCCUUCCAAACCCCGAGUAUUCACUACCGUUCUUCACCCUACUGCUCGUGCAUUGCAGGCGGAAUUGACUCUGCUCGUUACAACACCGGAUCCCAAAGCUUUAAAAGCAUCCAAUGCUGGCCAAUUGUCUCGUACCCAGUCUUCAUCAGUAGUACCUCAGUCACCAGCAACUGCAGGCCCCCAGGCUGAUCGUGGUCAGCCAGCAAAGAGACAAAAGACCCUCGUUGAGCCGCAAGAUCUCCCUGAAUGCGAAGCACUUAUUGUGAAGGCAUUGGCACCUCCUCUCUAUCUAGAACCAGUCAAGAAUUUUGAUGCUGCGCAGCAAUUGCUGAAGUUCAUGGAAAGCCCGCUUCACAGCGAUCCACCACCAUCACCCAAGCGACGCAAGAGGACUAUUGCCGAACUUGCCGCAGAUGAGGCUCUCGCGGCGGAAGAAGAGAGAUUCAUGCUCAUCAUGGACGAGCGUCUCGAGCCCACGGCAUCCGGUGCUGCAGGUGGCGCAAAGGCCGCGGCGGCUGACGACACAGUUGGCGUUUUAGCAUUUGAACCCCGCUUCUCUCGCUUCAAGACCCUGGAGACCAUACGGAUGCAACUUGAGGAGAAGGCUAAGCAUGAACACGAGGUGAAGAUGAAGUCGGAACUAGCCAAGAGACAACAGCAAGAGCAGGAGAGGGAACGACGCCGAGCAAUUGAGCAGCGACAAGCUGAGGAGCACGCGAAAGACGAAGCACGCCGGCAGCAAAUUGCAGCACAGCAGGCACAAGCACAGAUUGCCGCCCAACAGAACCGACAUGUUAUGCAGGCCAAUGGUGUCAGUCAAGGGCAGCAGUCCUCUCCCGUCGCCGUUCCGAUGAGCAUCAGUGCAUCUCAGCAGUCAGGAAGUCCACCGCGACCCCCGUCUUCUAUGCAGCAUACGCACUCGAACAUGAUGAGCCACGCAAUGGCACCAACCAGAAGUCAGCAAGGCCCAAGUCGACACGGGACUCCCCAGAUCACACAAGGAACGCCAGCGAUGUCACAAGCCACCCCGAUCAUGCGCAACGUUACUCCAACUCAGCGAAUGGGUCAUGGCAGUCCAAACCACUCAACAAUAGCACAGACACCGAUGAUGGGCCAGACCAUGUCCGGCACUCCACAAAUGAAUGGAAUGGGUCUCAAUCCCCAAGGACUUACUCCACAACAACAAAUGAUGAUACAGCAACGACAGCAGCAGCUUCUCGCUCAGCAACAGGCCCAGGGACACAUGGGAUCAAAUCAAUUCACACCGCAGCAGAUUGCUCAAAUGCAGGCCAGCGUCCAUGCACAGCAGAACAUCCAGUCGCACCAGCAGCAGCAAAUAUUGCAAGCCCAAAAGCAACAGCAGCAGCAGCAACAGCAGCAGCAGCAACAACAACAACAACAGCAGCAGCAGCAGCAGCAGCAAAAUCAUCCGAACAUGCAGAACAUUCCUCAGCAGGGUCACCAAGCUGCUUACCAAGCACAGCUCAUGCGGGCUCAAUUCCAGCAGAUGCAAAUGGUCAAACAGCAGGGCGGAAUGCCCCAAGGCCAACAGGGUCAUGGCAGUCCCCAACAAGGAAUGGCACAGGGCAUGACACCUCAGCAGCAGCAGCAGCAGCAGCAACAACAACAACAGUUGAUGUUGGCUGCCGCUCAAGCCAAUGGUGGCCAGAUGCCAAAUAUCCAGAGCAAUAUGGCGGCACGUUACAGUCGUCUCUGUCAGCAGCGGCUUUUUCAAUUGCGCAAUGAGAUGUCCCAGCGAUACAUGCAACAAUACGGCCCCCCGACGCAGUAUCCACCUCAAAUCGCGCAGCAAUAUGGUGCUGGGUUGGAGAAGAAUGCCAAGGCAUGGGUGCAGGACCUCAUGCGGCGUGAGCGUGAAGCUGCUCAGCAGCAACGAGCCACACAGCAAGCUGCGGCCAUGCAAGCUCAACAAAUGCAACAGCAAAACAUGAUGCACAAUGGAAUGGGCAAUUGA